GGUCUCGGGGACCAGGCUGCUUUCAGGCAGCAGGGGGGCAGCGCGUCUGCCCCUGUUCAACCUUGUAAGGAUGAUUCCUCAAAAAAAAGCGUUCUGCCGCGCGUCCAACGCCCGUGUCCAUCCGGACAAGAGCAAGGCCAUGGGCCUUGGCAGGUUUGCGCACCUGACGGGCCCUUGCCCACACACGGGGGUGCCGUUUACCACUGGCGCCGUGACGCACCUGGGUGUGCCCCUGUCGUGGGACUCUGAUGCGGCUGCAGCUGACUUGUACACCCGGCGGGCUCGCGGCAUGGCGUUUGUGGCGCGUCUGUGGGCUGCCCUGUCUCUGACUCUGGUUGGCCGUGUGAUAAUAAUAAUAAUAAUAUCUACGCAGGGCACAGGUGCCCGCGUGUCUUAAGGAGGAGUGAGACAAGCUCACCCCACCAUCGGAAAACUUGAUUUCCCUACCCCGGCUCCCCUGCACGGGGGCCGCCAUUGGCGGUCCCCUGGGUGCGCCCUCCCGGGCGGCAUCGGGUGUUGGCAAUGCCCAUCUCUCGCUCUAGCCGGUAGUACAGGUUUGCGGUGCCCCGGAGUGUGGUGACGCUAUGCAUGUGGAGACGUGUGCAGCAGGCCUUGGCUGCCUGCGGUUUGGCACCCAGGUCUUUGAGGAGAGUUUCAAGGGUACGGGGGACAGUGCCACCGUGGCCCAGUGUAAUAACGUGUUUAGCAUCGUAUUGCACAGUCCACCCUGCAGCUCGCAUGGCAGUGGCAAGGGCAGCGUGCUGUGCUUGUUUUUGAAUGAGCUUCUCGCUGUGGUGCAGGUCAGAGGUGUAUCCAACUUCAAGGAUGUACACUGGGUAGGCCCCUUUGUUGGCUGGUGGGGAUGUCAUGAAGCGUUCUGCUUCAGACCGGGGAAGGUUCGGGAUAAACAGAAUGUCAGGCCGCAUCCUGUUGAGGUCUGCAGCGGGCACUUGCGGGCAGAGCCAGGACGGCGGCCGCAUGCCCGCACAGUACUCAGGCAGUUCAGCUCGGGAGGUGGCAUCCAUUAUCAUGUAGCCACCACCGUUGUGACCAUGGUGUAGGCAUUCGGCAAUCGUCCGCACUGCAGUGUUGUGUUUGGCUAUCCUAGCGCCAACGAGUUGGGGGUGCGCGCAGUGGCCGGCAAGGUGACCUGCGGUGCCACGCUCUGGGUCAGAUCCGCGGCUGCGCUGGAUGUGGGCACAGAGACCACAGUUGUCGCUGUCUCGUAGUUUAAACAAAGCCAGCCGGGCCGGGCAGAUGAGGCCUCCCUGACGAGCAUUCUGUAGGAACCGGCAUAGGCCGUGGCUGGCGUCCGAGUUCAUCAUGUACGCAUUACUGGCGCGUGGGUCAAGGCUGGGUGCUGCCUCGGCCCAUUUCUCAGUGUACAGGGAUUUGUUGGCGUAUCCACCACGGCAGCUGGGGGCCAUUGCCCUGGUGAGGCCCCGGUUUAGGUCCGACACAUAGUGCGUGGCUGUGCUAUCGUCGUCCCUGGUGACCGUGAAGGUCGGCCACCAGUGCCGGGCGUGCGGGUCGUUGUCGGCCAGUUCGGAUACAUCGGCGGUUUUUUCCUGGGUGGCGACGGCAGCCGCCCCUUUAUCGGCUUCCUCGUUGCCGUGUAGCCCGGUGUGCGAGAUCACUUUAAUCAGAGCGGUGGGUGCGCCCCGGGCGUGGCGUGCAUGGAGCAAUGCCACGACUGAAUCCAGGAGGUCACGGUGCUUACUCAGAUGCAGUCGCCGAGGCUCGUUAAUAGCUCGUUUGAUUAGAAGUUUUAGGAAACUUGAUUUCACAGUUUUGCAAGUCUGUGAUUUGUGUCGUUUAUGUUAGUUUUAUCACAGUUUUAGAGCCUGUAACCUCGUGUUUUG